AUGGCGAGAGUUGGUGAUGUCCACUACAAUUCGUUUGGAAGUUUUCUUGAACUUUUGAAGUUUUUAGCUGAGCAUAAUGAGACAAUUAAUAAUGUUGUUGGACGACAUGCUUCUAAUAAUCUUAAGUUAAUAACUCAUCAUAUUCAAAAAGACAUUAUAAAUGCCUCUGUUGUUGAAACUUUGAAUGUUGUUAUUGAUGAUUUGGAUGAUUAUCUCUUUGUAAUUUUAGCUGAUGAGUCUUGUGAUAUGUCUAUGAAAGAACAAAUGAUUGUUAUCUUAUAUUAUGUUGACAAAAAUGGUUGUAUGGCUGAGAAAUUUUUUGGAAUUGUGCAUAUUUCUGAUACAAGUGCUUUGUCUCUUAAAUUAUCAAUCAAGUCAUUAUUCGCUAGGCAUGGAUUAAGCAUGGCAAGAUUACAGGGCCAAGGUUAUGAUGGGGCUACUAAUAUGAGAGAAGGCGAUAUUCAUAUUGCAUCACUUUUUAAUAAGAUUGCUAAUUUGUUGAUGUUGUUGGAACCUCAUGAUAUGGACCCGACUUCACAGAGGGCAGUCGAGAAAGAGGUGAAGAGUCAUGCUCCACUUGCGGCUGAGACUGGAGGCAGGGGGGAAUUUGCUCCACCAGUACCAGAGUUAGUUGAAGCUGCAUUAAAGGUUGAAAAAGUCAGAAUAAAUGAGAAGAAUAGAAGGGAUAGACAACAGAAAAGAGGCCAAGGGCAGACCAGUAGUAAGAAGUUCAGAGGUCCACCUGCCUAG